AGCAAAUUUAGCUCACUGCUUCAGACAAGAGCUCUCAGAUCAAGAUCCCGUUUCGGGAACUUGGCAUCUCUCAGGUGUAAAUCCGUGCAGAGAUGAGAGCAGUAGCACCGCGCACACCCACCGAAUGCGAGAUGUCACUCUUGACCAGCAGAGGUCGCUCUGGCUCAGCUAUCUAUUGUCACUCUCUCUCUCACGCACACUCUUAUUGGAAAAAGCGAUGUGUGCACUGAGCUGCACCGCUCAAACCCUCCCAGAUCGUCAACAAAAUAACCGGGUUACAAAGGAGAGAGAAAGGAAAUACUGUUUCGCCCGCAGUGCUGCCUUUAAACCAAGAUACGAGUUCGCGUCGUGCACGAAACACAGCAUCGAUAGAGCUGCAAGCACCCAGGUCCUGUUUCGGGGUUGAUUUAGUUACACUUCAGGAUUAAAAAACGCUCCGGACUCGAGAGAGAGAGGGGAGAGAAGUGUUGGAGAGAAAGAAACGGAUAUUGUCUUUGGGGAAUCAAACGCCAGGUGCUCAGACCCCAUGCUCCGCCUAAGGACCCCGUAGUGCCCCCUGCUGGUUUUGCCCUUCCUGUGCGCUCUGUGCCUUCUGCCGCAGUGGCGCCCUCGGCAGGAACAUGUCGGCAGCACAGACGCAGAACGACAGCGAGCAGCGCUGGGGCUGCCUGGAGUCGCUGGGGCUCAGUCCCCGAGAGCUGGUCCUGGCCGAGGCUCUGCAGAUGGAGUAUGACGCCCUCUCCAGGCUGAAGCAGGACAAGACGCCCUCUGGGAGGGGUGUGGGUCAAGGAGGAAAGGUCAUGUGCAGUGAUAGGCAGAGCCUUAACAACAGCCAAGCUGGAGACAGGGCAAACCUCAUCGGGAGACUCUCGGGCUCAGAUCCCAGCCUUAACCUGGAGCCCAGCGUCUCCAACCCCUCCCGCGCCAACCUGGAGCCCCGCUGCUACAGCAAGGAGCCCCUCUAUAUCUUGGACAGACCUGUAAAGGGGGACUUUGGGGGGUCAUCCCUCCUGCUCCCCAAAAACUUCAUCCCGCCUGAUGACCCCCCACCAGCCGUGCCCCCCCGGAACCCGCGCCCGACGGACGCGUUCCAGGACCGGCGCAGCACAACCCUGCGUGACGUUAACCUUUUCACCCCCGAAGUAGACACCCCGAAGCUGCCCAGUGAGGAGAGGGACCCGCUGUGGAACUAUGAAGACCUGAACAAGGCACUGACGAGGCUCAACGAGGAUUGGGCGGCGCCCCGGGGUCGCAGGGGUGGCGGGGAGAUAUCGGGGAAGCCCGUCGCCCGCAGUAAAACCCUGCCCCCCCAGGUACCCCCCCGGACCUACCUGCCAGCUCCCAGAAGCCACAAGAACCAGCGCAGGGUUUCGGCAGACCCAGUAAGAGUCUCCCUGGCCUCGCGGUCCAACGGGUUCAGCUACGAGCUCUUCCAGGUGUCGGAGGAGAGGGAUGAGGAAGUGGCGGCCUUCUGCCACAUGCUUGACGUGCUGCGGUCCGCCUACCCCUGCAGUGACCGCUCCAGGAACCCUGGCUUCGUGUGGAGUCCCUCUGUCCAGCAGGAGGAGCUGCAGUCCGGCCUCGGCGUCAGCAUGAAAGUGACCGUGGCGAGCGACCUCUUCAGAGAGCCCCUCACCUUCACCUGCGACGGCUCCUCCACGGUCGACCUGCUGAUAUACCAGACGCUGUGCUAUGCUCACGAUGACCUGGACCUGAUCGACGUGGAGGAGUAUGUGCUGAAGGUGUGCGGCCUGGAGGAGUACUUGCAGAACAAUCAGCCCCUGGCUAGCCUGGAGUACAUUCAGCAGUGUCACAAGUUUGACUGGGAGAUCCGUCUCUACCUGACCAGGAGGGGUUCAUUGAGCCGAGAGCUGACCAGGACGGAGGAAGAUGAUGAAAGUUCCUCCACAAUGAAUCAGAACAUCCUGCUGCAGGAGCGACCGUUCAGACAGACUGUGACCAGGGAGGCUCUGACGCUGCUCCUGGACACUUUCCACAAUGAGGCAGAGUGCUUCAUCCUGGCAGAGGUGGACCUGCCUCUGCGUGUGGAGCGCCUCGUCCAGUCUGUCAAGGCUCUGUGCAGCUCGCUGGCAGCAGUGGAGACCCCUGACAUCACCAGCGCACUGAACCUGCUCCCCGCCUGCCCCUGCCGCCUGCAGCCCCGAGUCCAGAAGGAUAUGACAGUGCUGGUGAAGAGAGAGUACCGAGAAAGAGUGGUGGAGUCCCUCACAGCUUCUGUUCUGGACCUGGUGGAGCUGUACUGCAGCACGUUCAACGCCAACUUCCACACCACGCUGCAGAGCAGCCGCCCCACCGCGCCCGUGCAGGAGGCGGGGCACGUGACCAGCCUGCUCUCGUUCAGCGUCUACGCCGCUCACCGCGUCCCCAUCUCCUGGGCCGCCAGCUACGAGGGCUUCUUCCUGUCCUGCUCUCUGACACAUGGCAUGGAGGAGCUCUGUGCCCCUCAGCACACCAGCAAACAGUCCGUCAGCAAGUACCUGUUUCACCUGGUGGUCUGGGACCAGAGGAUCUGCUUCCCAGUGCAGAUCAACCGGUUGCCGCGGGAGACGCAGCUGACGGUGACUCUGUACGCCAUGCCGUUGCCUCCACCAGGGGGCGCCGAGGACAAGAACAAACAGCGUCGGACCGUGGAAGCCCUGGGUUGGGUCACUAUGCCACUCUUCAAUUUUCGACAUGUGUUGACCUGUGGGAGGAAGUUGCUCGGUUUGUGGCCUUCGACCCCAGAAAGUGGAACCGCCCGUUCCAGCACCCCCAACUUCAGCCAGCCUGACAGCGUCAUCCUGCAGGUCGAUUUCCCCACCUCUGCCUUUGAGGUGCUCUUCUCCACGCCACCUCCUGCUGGAUUCAGCCCCCAGUAUGACCUCUCUCGAAAGGACACAGAAAGCCAGGGAAGGCUAAAGGACAUCCUGCACAAGAACUCCCUCUUCUGGCUGACCCAGGAGGACCGCCGGCAUUUGUGGGAGAAUCGCUAUUUCUGCCACUCGGAAAACAGCUCUCUGCCCCUGGUGCUCGCCAGCGCCCCCAGCUGGGAGUGGGCCUGCCUGCCCGAUAUCUACGCCCUGCUGAAGCAGUGGGCCUGCAUGAACCACCUGGACGCGCUGGGCCUGCUGCACGCUACGUUUCCUGACCAGGAGCUCAGGAGGACAGCCGUCCACUGGAUGGACUCCAUCUCGGACUCCGAGCUGCUGGACUUCCUGCCCCAGCUGGUGCAGGCUCUGAAGUAUGAGUGCUAUCUGGACAGCCCGCUGGUGAGGUUCCUACUGCGGAGAGCCAUCGGGGACCUGCGGAUUGCCCACUACCUCUUCUGGCUGCUGAAGGACGCGCUGCAGGACUCCCAGUUCAGCGUGCGCUACCAGUACCUGCUGGCCGCCCUCCUGUGCUGCGCGGGCCGCGGCCUGCGGGACGAGUUCGACCGGCAGUGCUGGCUGGUCACCAUCCUGUCCAAGGUGGCGCAGCGGGUGCGAGACGCCUCUCCGUCCUCACGGCAGGCCAUUCUGCGGGAGGGUCUGGAGGAGGUGCGCCAGUUCUUCACCACCAGCCAGAACUGCCGGCUGCCCCUCAACCCCAGCCUGCUGGUCAAGGGUAUCAACAUCCAGUCCUGCUCCUACUUCAAUUCCAACGCUGUUCCUCUGAAGCUGUCUUUCCAGAACGUCGAUCCGCUGGGAGACAGCAUCAAUGUCAUCUUCAAGUCUGGGGAUGACCUCCGGCAGGACAUGCUGACCCUGCAGAUCAUUCGCAUCAUGAACAAGAUCUGGAUCCAGGAGGGGCUGGACAUGAGGAUGGUCAUCUUCCGCUGCUUCUCCACGGGCCGGGGCCGAGGUAUGGUGGAGAUGAUCCCCAACGCGGAGACCCUUCGGAAGAUCCAGGUGGAGCACGGAGUGACCGGCUCCUUUAAGGACCGUCCGCUCGCCGACUGGUUACAGAAACACAACCCCACUGAGGACGAGUAUGAGAAGGCGGUGGAGAACUUCAUCUACUCGUGCGCAGGCUGCUGCGUAGCCACUUACAUCCUGGGGAUCUGCGACCGCCACAACGACAACAUCAUGCUGAAGACCAGCGGCCACAUGUUCCACAUCGACUUCGGCAAGUUCCUCGGCCACGCGCAGAUGUUCGGCAACAUUAAACGGGACCGGGCGCCCUUCGUCUUCACGUCCGACAUGGCGUACGUCAUCAACGGGGGCGACAAGCCGUCCAGCCGCUUCCAUGACUUCGUGGACCUGUGCUGCGAGGCCUACAACCUCAUCCGCAAGCACACGCACCUCUUCCUCAACCUGCUGGGCCUGAUGCUGUCCUGUGGAAUUCCAGAGCUAUCGGACCUGCAGGACCUGAAGUAUGUCUAUGAUGCACUGCGACCUCAUGAGUCGGAGGCGGAUGCCACCAUGUACUUCACCAGGCUGAUCGAGUCUAGCCUGGGCAGCGUGGCAACCAAGCUCAACUUCUUCAUCCACAACCUGGCGCAGAUGAAGUUCGCCUCCUCGGAGGAGCGCCCCUCCCUGUCCUUCGCCCCGCGGGUCCACACCCUGAAGAGCGACGGGCUCAUCAGCAAUCUGUUCGUGUGCCGCCACAUCAAGACCUACAGCCCCAACAAAGGAUAUACCUACGUGGUGAAGGUUGUUCGUGAGGGUCAGCAUGGGUCAAUACUGGUCCAGAGAAGCUUUGAGGAAUUUCACGAACUGCACAGCAAGCUGCGUCUUAUAUUCCCCUCCUCCAAAUUGCCCAGCUUCCCCAGCCGGUUUGUGAUUGGCCGGUCACGUGGUGAGGCGAUGGCGGACCGGCGCAAGGACGAGCUGAAUGGAUACGUGUGGCACCUGAUCCAUGCCGCCCCAGAGGUGGCGCAGAGUGAUCUCGUCUAUACCUUCUUCCAUCCCCUCCCUCGGGAUGAGAAACCUGGAACCAGCAUUAACACCCUCCAAGCAAAACCAGCAGAGGUGUCCUGGACCCCCCCAGCCGGAAAGGUGGUCGGAGAGGUGAAGCUGUCCAUCUGCUACAAGGGCGACAAACUCUUCGUCAUGGUCAUGCACAUCCGCGGACUUCAACCCCUUCAGGACAGCACAGCCCCCGACCCCUACGUCAAACUCUACCUCCUCCCUGACCCCCAGAAAACCAGCAAGAGGAAGACGAAGGUGGCGCGGCGCACCUGCAACCCCACCUACAACGAGAUGCUGGUGUACGAUGGGAUUCCAAAGGGGGACCUGGAGCAGCGCGUGAUCCACCUGCGGGUGCUGGGCGAGGGCGCCUUCUGGGAGAACACCCUGCUCGGGGAGACCUUCAUCCCGCUCAGGAGCCUCGGACCUGGGCAGCGCUGGGUGGACUGGUACCAGCUGGGCACGGGCGGGCAGGACUCCUCUCGCUAGGGCCCAGGGUGCGAGGGGAGAGAGGAAGGACGGGAGCGUGACGGGAGAUAGCACUGUGUGCGUGAGGUGCCUGGUGCUCAAGACGGAGUUAUACCCCCAGUGGGGGCUCGAGGGAGAGACGUUUCCCCGGAGACGUGGAGACUCAGUGAUGGAGUAAAAUCACUGGACACUGUAACAAUGCUUCAUUAUCGGGUUUAUGAAGGACUUUCACACCUGCCUGCCCCUUCCUGCAGUCUGGCCUCUGGAUUCUCCUCAGAGAGCCGCAGUGGGCUUGCAGGGCAACACUGUGCCAGACACCUGACCUUCCAGGACAGUCCGUUUCCUUGUCACCCAGGACUCAGGCGGGCGUCUGCCCGGGACAGCGAGUGUGGCUGGAAACCACUGUUGGCGAGCUGCCAGUCUGGCAGCACCAAAACAUUUUGGGGCGAGAAGUUUUAACAAGGCUGGGAGGACAUCCCACUUGAAGGCGUGCUCCUCUGUGGAGCCCCCAGCUGUGCACACGAGAGAGGUAUCUGCAGCGUACGGGGCCCAAGUAGAUGUCAGAUUACUCUGUUGUGAUGGCGCGGAUGACUGGAUGAGAUGAACCCCUGUUAGGAUGAAAAAAACACAGGGAGCCCUAAGUUAUUUCUUAUUCUGUAAAAGCAGUUCAGGCCUGGAUAUAUCAUGUAAAUCAUAUAUAUCCUUAUGUAAUGUGAUUUACAUAUAUACCCAGUUUAUACUUAGGCUUUAUCUUCUGUGUAUUAAUAAUUAAGACUGACCAGUCUUUCAGCGAAGAGUGAAAUGAAGAGGGUUGGCUGGUUUUGUCUUGUAAAAUCGGAAAGGGGUGUUAAUACCCAGCAGCCCAUCGUGUGAGGCUAAUAGGUGAAGAAAUUAUGAAUUUGGGCUAUCAAGUGACUUCAUUUUGUAGCCCAACUGGAUUUGUUGACUCGUGGAGUCUUAACGUUUUCUGUCUAGUUGUAUAUAGUUGUAUAUAGUUUAUUUCCCACCUCCUGCUCCCUGCUAGAUCUUUGUUUACAUUCUAGUUGUAGCAUUAAUCAAGUGUAGAGAGACUGGGAAGAAGCUACACAUCACUGUGAUUCCCACAGAACAACAGAAGUUUCAGAUUCUGCAGUGUUAAGCAAAGACUUUCCAGAUGUUGCUUGGCUCUGUGCUGUCGUGUCACAUGCUUGUCUGCUGAAGCACUUUUAAUCUCUUUAAAAAGUCUGCAAAGGUGUUUAUUCUGUGUCACUAGGUCUGGAUAUUAACCAGUAAAUCUUUUACAUGGUGCUAAAUGCCAGUCGUAAUAGGUAUUAUUGUCUUUUUAAAUAUGAAUUAUGGGCUUCAGACUGGAAUCACCAACUUGUUUGCCGAUUGUGGUCACUGACGUUUUUUUCCAGCUUCCACGGUGCAGUGCCUGUACAGUUAUGCCCAGUAUUCCAGUCUAUUUCUAGGAUUUGGGAUGGAAUCGGUGAGAGCUGGUCCAUCAGACAGUACAGAGACAGUACUGUAUAUAAGGUCGCAGUGCAACUGUAGUUUCUUAGCUGUAGUAUUUCCACUGUCUUUCUCCACUUCCCCUUAUCAGCUGUUAAGUCCGUUUUAAGGUCUUGUUCCCUUCGUUAGGAGAAGACUUUGCUGUUUACGUUGUUUUCGCUCUGCUGUUUUCUGGAGAGCUUCUCUGGCUUCCCAGUAAGAGGUCCCACCUUUAAAAAUAGAGGCAGUGUCAGUUUUGUCCUGCUGUAGAGCGCAGUGCUGUCUGUGAUAAGGGUGUGCUCAGCAGAGUGCGCUUGCCAAGUGCAGAGCUCAGCAGAGCUCAGCUCUGGGACCAGAAGUGGUUGCGUAAUGGUGGAUUCCUGUCCUACCCAAGUUGCUCUCUUCACAAGGAUGCGUGUAGGUAAUGUCAGCGAGUCCUAGAUCACCAAGCUCUGGAAGAUGGGGAAGGAAGUGCCCAGUCAGUGGACCCUCCCUGUUGUGUUUAUUCAGGGAGGGGGUGAUGGGGCAAGGGGGGCAGCUGUUUGGACUGGGUUCUGUCCCUCCAGAUGAAAGACUAGUGACUUGCCGAACUGAUCAUCUCAAGCGCUCCUUCCCGGUACUGAGGGAAGGAGGUGAUUUGGGCCCGCCAGACAGCAGCCCUGGAGACUGGGGUUCACCAGGGUUCACCGGGGUUCAGCGGAGCUCACACUCCCCCAGGGCUGUCCUGAGCAGCAGCCGGGCCAGGCGGUCUGUGCUGCAGGUGUGCGAGCUGCUGAUAGCGAGAGGGAGUGCGCCGCACAGCUGCGUGCUGGCGUCAGUGCGGCGUUCAGGGUGACGGAUAAGGAGGCGGUGCCCCUUGACGAACAGCCCAGAGGUUACAGAGGGGCUGUCGCCCCAGCGCUUCGAGUACAGAUUGGAAUGGAAUGUAAGUUCAAAAUGAACAUAACUUUGUGUGUUGUAAAUACUGAGAAUAUUAUGAUUAUUGUUACUAUGAUCAUUAUUAUAGAUUUUACACCACUGUGUUUUUUAUUUUUAGAUUUCUUGAAUAAUUAAAAUGUAACGUGUUCAUUUGUGUAUUUGUUAACGUUGUUG